GCGCGGAGGAGAAGAAAGUUUGGCGACACUCGGGCACCUGACUCCGCAUCCUUUCUCCGUUUGGGUCCAGAGCAGGUCCCAGCGAACGAAGCGGCGUGGAGUGGCUGCAGCCGAGGCUUGUGCUUCUCUGUUGCGCGUGAGGAAAGUUUGCGCUUUCCUUUUUCUGUUUCUUUAAGCCAGCACCCCCGAUCCAGUUCUUCCCUCGCGUUUUCUUGUGCGCACGUGAGCGAUGUUCUUCCUCUGCGUAACAGUUCGAGUUUUUUAUGGAAGAUCCCUAACUUGGUUGACGGUCCUCGAGUUUUGAAGAGAAGGGGAGUAAAGGAUAUUAUCGUUUUCCUCAUAGAGAUUAUCAUUGCUCUUAUUUUUUACAUCGGGCCACAGGGUUUCCUUGGAGCUAUAUGGAGGGAUCUCAGAAUGGUUUGCACCAGGAAAACCAAAACUUUAGUGUCCACCUGCGUGAUCCUGAGUGGAAUGACUAACAUCAUCUGCUUGCUCUACGUGGGCUGGGUGACCAACUACAUUGCCACGGUCUAUGUGAAAGUGCAGGAGCCGAUCUCGGAGAAAAAGUUGGAGGAAGACAAAGGGGAUACUUUGCGGAUUAUAGAAAGGCUGGACCAUUUGGAGAAUGUCAUCAAGCAGCACAUACAAGAAGCACCACUGAAACCAGAAGAAAAUCCUGCAGAAGCCUUCACCGAUUCAUCUCUUUUUGCUCAUUGGGGUCAGGAUCUGAGCCCUGAAAAUAGACGGAUUGCUCUGAAACAGUUCCAGUAUUAUGGCUAUAAUGCUUACCUGAGUGAUCGCCUUCCCUUGGAUAGAGCAUUGCCAGAUUUUAGGCCUAAUGGGUGCAAAAAUCUUACAUUUCCCAACAGUCUUCCUGAGGUCAGUAUCGUUUUCAUAUUUGUCAAUGAAGCUCUCUCGGUGAUUCUACGUUCUAUUCAUUCUGCAAUUGACAGAACUCCUGCCCACUUGCUCAAAGAGAUUAUUUUAGUGGAUGACAACAGUAAUAAUGAGGAACUCAAAGAAAAACUAAAAGAAUAUGUGGAUGAGGUGACAGCACGGAAGCCAGGGUUCAUCAAGGUGGUUCGACACAACAAGCAAGAGGGGCUGAUUCGUUCUCGUGUUAGUGGCUGGAGGGCAGCAACAGCUCCAGUAGUUGCACUGUUUGAUGCUCAUGUAGAGUUCAACGUGGGAUGGGCUGAGCCAGUACUCACCAGGAUCAAGGAGAACAGAAAAAGAGUAAUAUCUCCAUCAUUUGAUAACAUCAAAUAUGACAAUUUUGAAAUAGAAGAGUAUCCUCUGUCAGCACAGGGAUUUGACUGGGAGUUAUGGUGUCGAUACUUAAAUCCUCCAAAGUCAUGGUGGAAGCUAGAAAACGCUACAGCUCCUAUAAGGAGCCCUGCACUGAUUGGAUGCUUCAUAGUAGACCGUGAAUAUUUCCAAGAAAUUGGUCUGCUUGAUGAAGGCAUGGAGGUGUAUGGAGGUGAAAAUGUGGAGCUUGGGAUCAGGGUAUGGCAGUGUGGCGGUAGCGUUGAAGUUUUACCUUGCUCUAGGAUUGCCCAUAUCGAACGAGCCCAUAAGCCGUAUACAGAAGACCUAACUGCUCAUGUCCGAAGAAAUGCACUAAGAGUGGCUGAAGUCUGGAUGGAUGAGUUUAAAAGCCAUGUAUAUAUGGCAUGGAAUAUUCCCCAAGAGGAUUCUGGAAUUGACAUUGGUGAUAUUUCUGAGAGGAAGGCCUUGAGGAAAAAGCUGCAGUGCAAGACCUUUAGAUGGUAUCUUGUGAGCGUAUAUCCAGAAAUGAGAAUGUACUCGGACACUGUUGCCUACGGCAUGCUGCAGAAUUCCCUAAAAAGUGAUUUGUGCCUUGAUCAGGGGCCAGACACAGAAAAUAUUCCAAUCAUGUAUAUCUGCCAUGGAAUGACACCACAGAAUGUCUAUUACACAGGUAACCAGCAAAUCCAUGUGGGUGUUCUGAGUCCCACCAUAGACGAUGAUGACAACAGAUGCCUGGUGGAUGUGAACAGCAGACCCCGGCUAAUUGAAUGCAGCUAUGCCAAAGCCAAAAGAAUGAAGCUUUACUGGCAAUUUACUCAGGGAGGUCCAAUCCAGAACAGAAAAUCCAAACGCUGCCUGGAGCUUCAGGAAAACAAUGAUAAUGAAUUUGGAUUUCAGCUUGUUCUACAGAAAUGUUCUGGCCAGCGUUGGUCUAUCACAAACAUCCUGAAAAGCUUGCCCUCAUAAUACAGACUCAGAAAAAUCUUCUGCUCAGUCCUCUUGCUACCAUGUAGCAAAUGUUCUCAAUGUCGCCUGCUGUACUGUAUUUCCCCUUACCCCCUUAUCUUUUUUUGUGCGUGAGUGUGUGGGUGUUGGAUUUGUGGGCUGAAAAUAGAGAUUUUUAUUUCAUAAUGACAUUUUCAUGGCAUUUAUAGAGAGAUGCUGAAUGACAGGUGAUGGUAAAAUAUCUGAAAAUAUUUUGUGACUGUAAAUAGGGAACAAAUGGAGAAUAUUUAUA